UAUGGGGGUCAUGUUGCUGCCAGUGUCUUGUGGUCUUGUUUUAGGUCCACGGGCUGCCUUCCCCUUGGUCUGCUUGGAAGAAAUGUGGCGUGAAAGAUGUAGGGAAUAGUAUUUUGUCCCAUUUACGUAGGAUACUGUCUGUUCUGCAUAUUUGUUUUCUUUUCACCGGAGCUGCCGUUUAAAGGCCUGAAAUGGGAGAAAUCUUAAGUCUGCUGUGACAUCAAGAUCAAGAUCAAAAACAUUUGUUUGUUUACAUCCAGAGCACCGCCGCGAGGACCCACCCACGUGGACCCCGGCAGACUGAAGGGCGCUGUGCCGACUUGAUGAUUUAGGGAACACUCCAGUGGCCUGUGAGGGGAAAAUGUUAUUGGGUGGCGGCAGAAGGAAGGCGAGUAGCGGCGACCAUGUGGAGAAUGACGAGAACGAAAAUAUGCCAUCAGGAGCCGCGGCGUCUCAUGUCAACGCCGACACUCAUAAUGGAGGUAAAGAUCCUAAGAAGAAGAGGAAGAGAAAGCACAAGAAAAAGAAGUCAGAUCAAGCUGGUGGCUCACUGCAAGACACAGUUGAAGAUGGUCACCUAGCAAAGAAGAUGAAGACUGAGAGCACAAUGAAAGAGAAAGAAAAAGAGGAAGAGGUGCCAGGUACUGAGACAUUUUCAACUAAGGAACUUCGUCCAAGCAGAGCACAGAGGAGGAGGCUGAGGAAGAGAAUAAUCAAAAAGCUUUAUAUGGAGAAGACCAAGAGUCAGAACAAUGCCAGCAAUGUUAGAGAGGAACAGGAGACACAGGGUGAAGAUAAUGCUAAGGAGAGGAAGCUGAAUGGUGCUGAUGACUCCUUAGCCUCUGUGAACAAUGGCAAGGAAAACACUGAUAUGAAAACUGAGGAUGUAGCAACCAAAAAGAAAAGGAAGAGGAGGAGGAAGAAAAAGCAAAAUCCUGUUAGUGACUCUGCAGAUGUUGUGCUUAAAGAAGACAAAAAUAAAGAGGUGAAGGAAGAAAAUGUUCAGCCAAAGAAAAUGAAGAAAGAAACCACUGAAGACACACCAGACAAGAAGGAAACAGAACCAGAGACCGCAAAGAAAAAGAAAGUAAAGGGAAACUUUAAGAAAAUGGUCUUAGAUAAGGUCAACCCAUCAUUGGCCAAUGCAAAGAACAAGAGGAUGAUUGCAGAUUGCUGGAAGAAUGGCAGUGAAGGAGUUUUGAUUAACAACGGCAACAUUGAGGUGAUUAAGUCGCCCUUCACCUGCGGCUACAUCCACAACCUGCUGAAGGAUGAGACGUGCCUUGAUGGGGUGAAGAAAGAGCUGGAUACAGUUGAACUCUACACCAAGAACAAUGAUCUCUAUAAGUUUAGACAGACGGGAGACCUCAAGGGCGUCACUACUCCCUUCAUCUCUGCCCUGAGGUACUUCCUGCGCACAUUCGUGAGACAGUGGCUCAGUGACGUCACAGGACUUCCUCUCAACGACGAGAUAGACAUGAGCUCCUCAAGAUACAGCCACACCGACGUGUUGUUGUGCCAUGAUGAUGAGCUUGAGGGCCGCCGCAUCGCCUACAUCCUGUACCUGCUGCCUCCUUGGGGGCCGGAGGACGGAGGAUCACUGGACCUCUUUGCCACAGAUGGCGACGGCCAUCCUUCACACAUUGUACGAUCGAUCACCCCUGAGAACAAUGCCUUCGCCUUCUUUGAGGUCUCGCCCGUAUCCUUCCACCAGGUGUCUGAGGUCCUCUCCUGCGAUAAGACUAGACUCUCCAUUAACGGCUGGUUCCACGGCCCGCCAGUACCCAGGCCCAAGAGGGACCCGCCCCCUCCCAGCCCCCUGGCACACCCUGUACACUUGCAGGAGACAGACUUCUACGCAUGGAUCAACCCAAUGUUCCUAGAUGCGAACAUUCAGAAGGAGAUCAGACAAACAUUUUGCUCGGAGUCUGAGAUUAACCUGGAGAACUUUUUGACUGACGAAGCAUACAAGAGGCUGUCCGAGGCCCUGAACAGCGAGGGUCUUGCCUGGCAGCUCACUGGGCCAGCGGACAGACAGCGAUACGAGAUCCUGAGCCCAGACAGCAUGCCGCAGGACGUCAAGGAGUGCCGGCAGUUCCUAGGAUGUGAAGCGCUGUUCCUUGUCCUCUCACAGCUGACCGGCCUCAAGCUGCAUCGUCUGGCGCCUCAGGACUCAGAUGACGAGGAAGAGUGUAGUGCAGAGCCGAACCCUCAGUGCCACGUGGAGGCCCAGCGCUGGGGUCCUGGCUGCUAUACCCUGAUCCGGGAUGACUGUGUGGACAGCCGUGCUGCCCUCGACACCUUCCUGUAUGCCAACGUCUCCCAGCAGUGGACGCAGGAGCUGGGCGGACAUGUCACCUACAUAGCCAAGGAUGAGGAUGAGGAGUUGCUGACCGUCGGGCCACAGUCCAACUGCCUUUGCCUGGUGUACCGUGACACCCAGACUCUCAAGUUCACCAAGUACAUCAACAGUGCUGCCAGAGAUCUCAAAGCCAACGACUCACACUUCACCAACUUUGCCUGCACCUAUUACGAGUGACCUUGACUGUCAGGAGUAAAGAUGCCCUCUGGUAACAGUAGUAGGGGUAGAAAUAGUAGCAGUGAUGUAGCUAGCAGUAGUUGUGGUAGUGGUAGUAACAGUUGUAGUGGUAGAAAUAGUAGUAGUAGUUGUAGAGAUAGUAAUGUUUCUUUACAAAUCUUAUCAAUCUAAAAGGGAGAUGUUAUUUAUUAUUUUCUUCCUUUCUUUCUUUAUCAUUAUUUCCUAAGGCAGGGUUAUGUGGACUUUCAAAGAUGCAAAGUCAGCAUAUACAGGUCUCCCUCGGUUUCUGAUGAAUCAGUUUAUGAUAUUUUGUGUAUACGAUCGACCUAUAUUACUACCCAUUUUUUUACGUGCACCGCAAGUUUACAGGCAUUUUUUUUCGUGAUUCAAGCAAUCAGCGCUCCUCACCCUGCAGCACUGCCAUUGAACCUGCCCUGCUAGUGUUAGUGUUUGCCUUUGGUUUAUUUUGCCAUCUAAAAAUUACAUGUGUGAUCAUUGUGUAUAGCUAAGGAUGGCCUCCAAGUGUCCCGCAAAUGUGAGUGUAUCCGACAGAGGGAACUGUGAGAUGUUAAGUGGGCUUCACCGCUGCCAUUUUCCAAUGAUAAGUAUGGGUAGGUAACCAGUGUUGGGCGUAGUGGCACUACUAGUAGCGCCACUACGUAACGAAGCUACUUUUUUAGUAGCUGUAGCAGUAGUGCCACUUUUUUAGAAAGAGCGGCAAAAACGGUAGUGGCACUACAUUUUUAGGCAGGGCUAGUUACUACUCGCUACUCGGGGUGGACCAACUACGUACGUGAUGAAAACACGAAUGAAACGUGUACAGUUCAGUGGGCUGAGCCACAGCCCGUCACUUUUGUCAGUCGCCAAACGCUCGCUAAGUAGUGAAUUUGCAACUGGAGGUGUGGCUGGCUGUCAUGGAUAUUCCUGAUCACGGCUCACGAAGCCUUGGAAACUGGUAAAAACUGGGUGAGUCAACUAGCACAGCAGAGGGAGGUGAGUGAAUCUUCUAGCCUCACGUACAGGAAGUGUAAAAAGACUUACUCAGUACACAAUUUGACUGAAGUAGUGGUAGCCGUAGUGCCACUACUUUUAGCAGGUAGUGCGCACAACACUGUGGGUGACGGAUCACUAAUGAUACUGCUAAAGAGCACUGGUAUCAGCACCAAACGUCUCAGUAACUGUUUAGUAAUAAGAAGCAUAACUUUUAUACGUUUAUGUAAACCACACCCCCAAAAAACUUAACUUCUAGGCCUUCUUGAUGCCCUUCAUGGGUUUUGAGGUCAAAGGGCCCCAUCUUGUGGAUGAAAUUCACUGGAAGGUGAGAAGAGGUGGGAUGUCUAGCGGACAUCUUUUCAAAGCUUACACAAGUCAUACACUGACCAGUAAUUAGUCAAGAGAGCAUGGUUGGGUAUUGUUUGAAAGAAAAGGACAUGCUUACCCUACUUCAGCAUUAACAGGAUAAAUUUGACGGCGUGCUAAGUCAAAAAAUGCCUUGUCGACUAUUGUCAACAGCCGCGGUUUGAGCCCAGGCACCAGCUGUCAACUGUUGUUGACACCUGCGCUUUAAGGGUGAAGCAGACCUGAAAAGACAUUUCCAUUGAACCCAUUGGACUUGAUUUAUGAUAUUUUGAUAUAUGAUCCGCCUUCAGGAAUGUAAUCCAAUCAUAAAUCGAGGGAGAUCUGUAAUUAAUUUCUUUCUAUUGUUUUUGAGGUGCAGAUGUGAUAUUAGUUGCUACAGGUGUUCUGGCAUCAAGAUGGGAGUCAGAUUUUCAUGGAUGAUGAUAAAAUACUUUCCAUUACUU